AUGCAACCCCUCAGACUGGGUCCGCACGAUCUGCUGGAAUAUGACGCGAGGUAUGGCGUGUUAAUCUGUCGAGAAUGCCAGUACGCCAUUCAGAAAAGCGCUCUACCGAGCCAUUUGCUACGGCAUAAGAUAUACCGCGGCGAAAGACAACGGCUACUGUCGUCUAUCGCUCAACUAGAUGUGUUGGAGUCGGAGAAUGUGACCCUGCCAGCUCCCACUUCGCCGCCUAUCGAUCUCCUGCCCAUCAUCUCUGGCUAUAGGUGCAUGAUCGCUGGCUGCGAGAACUUAUGUGCUAGUUCGAAGCGCAUGAAACGUCACCAGAGCGAGGCCCAUGAGUUGCCCAAUUCUCCAUCAUAUGCUCGCCCCGCGAAGCUUCAAACUUUUUUCCGCGGCACCAAACUCAGGUAUUUCGAGGUUGCUUGUUCAAUGGCUGUAAAUAGUCCCAAAAAGCCACUAAUGGCUACAUUUGAAAAUGACCAAACACAUGACAAGAGAGCGCAUCGUCAGCUGCCCCCCUAUGUGAAUACAGCAGCGACACUAUCACUGUCACCGUCUACUGGGUCGACUCCAAACGGCCUUGACCUAGAAGCUCUAGCAUAUUUACACCAUUUUGUUACGAGAACAAGCUCAACACUUCCAGUGGCCGAAAAUUCAGAACUGUCAGGAUCGUAUUGGCAGACCAACAUUGUUAUCCAGGCCCUGGAGCACCAAUGGUUAACGUGCGGUCUUUUGGCCAUUUCUGCAGGCCACUCCAUUGUGCUCUCAGUUGAAGCCCCAACAAAAGAGGUUCACAGAAAACGAUACAUUCAAUUCCUUGCAGAAUUCUCCGCCGGAAGGGAACAUAUGAUAAGAAUAAAAGAGGCCAAUAUGGAAAAAGAGACGGUUGAAAUAGCCAUGAAGUUAGGAUUUAUACUGCAGUGUGUACAGGGUGUUUUGGCCGGGCCCGAAUCGGUUCUCAGCAAAAAAAGUUUCUGCGAGUCAGCAGCCACUUUUGAUAUGGAAUAUUUCAUGCAGACAGUCCCGAAGUUUCUUGUUUCUCACCCCGGGGUUCAUCCUAGUGAGGCACGGAGCGAGCAUAAGGCAACCCAAAAUGACCCCUUCCCUCAGGCAACCACAAUAUUCAAAACGGGGGUUUCAAGAAGCCCUGACAAUAUCAGCAUGUUCUCCAUCUGUGAUGACCAGCCGUCUGUGAUCAAUCAUCUUCGAACCCUUCCAUCUCGCAUGGCGGAAGUAUUCGGGAAACCAGAGAACGUUCAAGAUGCUUUAGCCACUUUGUCUGCAAUUGCUGUUUUAGUUGAAUGUUGUGAGACUAGUUUUGCUUCUAAUACGGUGGAAACAGCGUGGCGAUGCAUGGCGAGGUGGUUGAUUAAAGUGCCAGAUCACUUUAACCACAUGGUUUCGCAAAAUAGCCCUGUAUCCCUUGUGGUGGUAGCUUAUUGGUCUGCAUUUUUAGUAAAACGAGUCGAAGAUUCUGGAUGCUGGUUCUUGAUGGGUUCGGCCAAGACAAUACUGCUUCAGGUCGUGGAACAUCUUUCAACUCAUGGUUAUGCUACCAAAAGUCUUGUUGAAAGCUUGUUGCCGUAG